AUUAACUCAGUUUUGGACUUAGACAAAAUGGAAAUUAUUUCAUCAAAACGAUUCAUUUUGUUGGCUUUAGUAACUUCAAGCUUAUUAACAUCAAACAUCUUUUGUACAGAUGAAUUAAUGAUGCCCCAUUUUCACAGCAAAGAAAGUGAAGGUAAAUAUUCCCAGCCCAGAGAAAUCCCAAAAGAGGAAAAGGAAAGAAGUGUGAGUUUUCAAGAACUAAAAGACUGGGGUGCAAAGAACGUUAUUAAGAUGGGUCCAGCCCCAGCCAACAAAGUGCCACACUCAGCAGCCAACCUGCCCCUGAGAUUCGGGAGAACCGCAGAAGAGGAAAAGAGCCCCAGGGCACAGGCCAACAUGGUGGCAGGGACCGUGAGCCGUGUUCCCAGCCUACCCCAAAGGUUUGGAAGAACAGCCAGAUGUGCCCCCAAGACAAUGAGUGGUUCGCUCCAGAGAUCCUUGUAUUCCUUGGCUGCCAGUGAGUUGCUCUACGCCAUGACCUGCCAACAUGAAGAAAUCCAGGGUCCUGGGCAAAAGCAACCAAGGAGACAGACAUUCUCGGAAACAGAUGAUGCGGAAGGGAAACAAGAACAAUAGGAAACCUCGAACCCAUCCUUCAAGAUGCUAUGAAGCUGUGACCUGUAGUCUAAACGGCUCUGUGGUGUUGAUAAGGAAGAGCACUGAUGAGAGCAAUUCUCCUGUCGACGUUUGUCAAACAAGGUCAAGAAUACUUGUAAUGUAAACUUGAAGUACGUUUUGUCAGAAUAAAACA